GUUAUGGGUUGGAGAUGGGUGCAGCGGUUGAGCGAGCAACUCUACAAAAACCCUAAACCCCUCAAUUGGAAGAUUACCCAAAUUUCUCCUCCCCUCCAUUGGAGCUGUUGCAUCUGUCGAUACAUCAUCAACUGUUUCAAGGAAUCGGAGAAGCAAUCCACUCGCCGACGAUGCUCCGGUUUCGAUUCCGAUUCCCCGCCGUCUUCUCUAAUCCAGCGCCAUUAACGAGGUACUUCUCUUCAUCUCUUCCUCCGGAAUCGCCUUCCAUUCCACACGGCGCCGUCGAGACGCUCUUCCGCAUUAUCACCACCACACACGACGCACAGUCGCUGAAAAAUUCCCUCGCCGCAUCUCAAAUCCCAUUCCCAAUCUCGAAAGAAUUGGCCGACGCAGUCCUGAAGCGCGUCCGCUUCUCCCAUUCCAACCCGCUCUCCGCUUUGGAAUUCUUCAGAAUUGCUUCCAGGCAGAAAUCGUUCUUCCACACCCCUUAUUCUCUGGACACUAUGCUAUACGUUUUAGGCAGAAACCGCAAGUUCGAUCUGAUGUGGGAGCUUCUGCUGGAGACCAAGAGGAAGGAUCCGUCGUCCAUAACCCCAAGGACCGUACACGUAGUUUUGGGUAGAAUUGCUAAAGUCUGUUCUGUUAGGGAGACCGUAGGAUCAUUCAAACGCUUCCGGAAACUCGUUUCCGAAUUCGAUGUCAGCUGUUACAAUGCGUUGCUUAGAACAUUAUGUUUAGAGAAGAGCAUGACUGAUGCUAGGAAUGUGUAUCAUUCCUUAAAGCACGAGUUUCAUCCGAAUUUGGAGACGUAUAACAUCUUGUUGUCGGGGUGGAAGUCGCCGGAGGAGGCGGAGGCCUUCUUCAAUGAGAUGGCCGAUAUGAGAGUUGAACCGGAUAUUGUGUCGUACAAUUGCUUGGUCGACGUUUAUUGUAAGGGUCGGGAGAUGGAGAAGGCGAAUAAGGUAGUGAGUAAAAUGAGGGAGGAAGGGAUCGAUCCGGAUGUGAUCACUUACACUUCCAUGAUCGGAGGGCUAGGAUUGAUUGGGCAGCCGGAUAAGGCUCGGGAGCUUUUGAAGGAGAUGCGGGAGUACGGGUGUUAUCCUGAUGUUGCGGCAUAUAAUGCUGUGAUUCGGAAUUUUUGUAUAGCGAAGAGGCUAGGCGACGCGUAUAAUUUGUUGGAGGAGAUGGCGGGGAAGGGUUUGCAUCCGAAUGCGACUACAUAUAAUGCCAUCCUUCGAUCUUUGUAUUGGAAAAACGAUUUGGCGAGCUCGUGGGGAUUGUAUCGACGGAUGAGGGAGACGGGAUGCUUGCCGAACACACAGUCGUGCAUGUUCUUGGUUAGGUUGAUGAGGAGGCAGGAGGAGGUCGGGAUGGCGCUCGAGUUGUGGGAUGAUAUGAUCGAGAAGGGGUUCGGGUCGUAUGUUUUGGUUUCGGAUGUGUUGUUCGGUUUGUUGUGUGAUUUCGGGAAGUUGGAUGAGGCGGAGCGAUGCUUCUUGCAGAUGGUCGAGAAGGGUCAGAAGCCGAGCAUUGCGUCGUUUAGAAGAAUCAAAGCUCUCAUGGAGUUGACGAACAAGCCCGACGCUAUCGCGAAUUUGUUGGAGAAGAUGUCAAGUUUGGGGUCGAGCGUAAUCGCCAACGAGAAUGAACUGGAAAGGCCGGUGGCGAAUUUUAUCGCACCGACAAAGUAUGCAAGGAGGCAGCCACGGUGGCGGCAUUGAGCCAAACCGGCAGCGUUGUCAAUUUUCCGACAACAAGAAGAAGAAUACAAUUUUCCAAUGUUGCUCAUAGACAGAAAUCAAUUCAGAGGCCAUUCUCAAUCGUAAUCCUCAGUUUUUCUACACACACAUACGAAUGAGCACAAAAAUCUAACCUUCAUCUGCAUUUUUGAAGUGUUCUCAGUUCUCCUUUCUUGGCUCAGUCGUCAGACCGAAUCCGAAGGCGAAAAGCGGGUCGUAAUGUGGGUCGCCGACGUUCAUUGGAAGCUGCUCCACAGAUCUGAACCACGUCCUCGCAAGCUUUCCGGUAAAUCCGUAGUCGCCGAACAGGGCAUCGCUCACACCUUGGCCCUCUGUUCCCGGCAGCCAUGCUGCCACGAGCGCAUCCAUGUCUGCUACAUACGGCUCCAUCACCACCGGCCGCCCUGAGACCACCACGACGACACACUUGACUGCGCCGCAUACAUUCUUGAUGGUGCUCGGUCCGGGCUCGAUUAUGGUCAGAUUCGUGCUGUCCCCGUACAUCUCUGCGUACGGAA